AUGAAGGGUACAAAAGAAGAAGAGCACUAUUCUGACUUUGAGAUCAAACCGUACUGGAGGGGCCGCAUUCACAGAAUGGCCUUUUACAGCACAAUUUGCAUAUUCUUUCUCUUCAUGAUCUUUCUCCGCUUAAACAAAAUCUAUCUUACUAUAUACUUCCUAUCCCAGCUUCUUCUUUAUGGGGUAAGCAGCACAUAUCAUAUGCACCCAUGGACCAACCGGACAGCUGAAAGGCUCUUCCAGAAGCUAGACCACUCCUCAAUAUUCCUUCUUAUAUCAGGCACGCAGACAUGCAUUGUAGCAUCAAUUUCAGCCCUAUAUCCAGACCUAUUCAGCGACAAUGAGUCUCUGUCAUAUGCAACCUUGCUGUAUAUAUCAUAUGCUAUGGCUGUUUUAGGAAUACUCAAGGUCUUCUUUUUCCAUGCCCCACGGGCCUUUAAUGUUAUGUACUAUAUUCUGCAUGGAAUUUCCAUUCCUAUAUUUAUACCGUAUAAGGCUGUGUCAGAUAUAGCUAUAGCUGUGCUGUGCGCCACAGGAGGCAUAUUGUAUAUAUUAGGAGGCAUAAUAUAUGGAGUAAAAAGGCCUAACCCAUGGCCCCUGAUUUUUGGCUACCAUGAGGUCUUUCAUGCACUAACUGUUCUGGCGAAUAUGUCUUUCAUGAUGACUGUUGUAUGGGCUGAUUACAAGUUGCAUGUGUGA